AUGGCCAAAGGAAGACGUACCAAAAAGACAGCAGGUGGCAAAGGUAAAGGAGAAAACAAACGACGAGCUCGCAAGACGUCAUGGCAUUUCGAUACUGGUGAAGACCUGGAGACACAACUCAAACAGCUGCAACUCUGCAUCAAAGAUAUGUCAGGUGACGGCAACUGUCUCUUUCGUGCAUUAGCGGAUCAAUAUCAUGGUUCUGAUAAACAACAUCGAGAGGUACGGCAGCAGGUUUGUCAGUACCUACGCGACAAUGAGGAAGAAUACCAAUAUUUUGUGGAAGAUGAUCAAUCGUUUGAGCACCACGUAACAUGCAUGGAGCGAGAUGGCACUUAUGGUGGGAACAUGGAACUCGCAGCAUUUGCACGACUCAAUGGAGUGGAUAUCAAGGUCUAUCAACCAGGUUUAAUCUAUGUGAUCAAUGGCACCGACAAUGAUGAUGAGGAGAGGAACACACUGCAUAUCGCGUAUCACAGCUGGGAACAUUACAGCUCUGUUCGCAACGUUGAUGGACCUUUCUCAGGGCCACCAGAGAUCAAAGAGAUAUCAUUGGAUGAUGAACAAGAUGGAAAAGAAAAAGGCGACGAGCACCAAGAGGACGAAGAGGAUGAUGCGAUUGAUUCAAAGGAAAAAGUGGUCAUGCAAUCAUGCCCUGAUGUGAGCUUACGGAGGGUGCGGCGUCUAUUGCGUAAACACAAGGGUGAUCCCAACAAGGUCAUUGAUGUUUUGUUCGAGGAGCAAGCAGCUCAAGAUGCUGAAGAGGAAGAAGAAAAGCCUAUCAAUCAAGAGAGCACCUCUAAUGCUGUGGAUGAUAAGUCGAAGGAGCAAAAAGACAUGGAAUCGAACGAGCACGAGGAAGAGUUGAACGAGCCAACCAAAGAAUCACCUAUUGAAGAACAAGACAAUGAACCAGCAUCGACACCCGAGAACAUCAAAAAGCCAAAGGAAAAGAAGUUGACAGCACGUGAGAAAAAGAGAUUGGCAAAGCAGCGACAAAAGCAAAACAAGAUUGCAAAGUUACAAGCAGAAGCAUCGACAUCAUCCAACCCUGACAACUCAACCCAAGACAUCAAUAGAGUCACAUCCAGCAUGAAACAAUUGUACAUUUAA